UCAGUCCUGUUCCGUCUCUCCUGAGAAAUGGGCGCCCACGGCUCCAACCUGGACGACAUCAUGGAGGAGGACAUGCACCACUGGUACACCAAGUUCAUGAAAGAGUCCCCUUCGGGCCUCAUCACGCUCUUUGAGCUCAAGACCAUGCUGGAGAUGACCGGCAUGACGCAGGAGGCCAGCAGCUACGUGGAUCAGGUCUUCUUCACCUUCGACAUGGAUGGGGACGGCUACAUCGACUUUGUGGAGUACAUCGCCGCCAUCAGUCUCCUGCUCAAAGGGGAAGUCAACCAGAAGCUCAAGUGGUACUUCAAGCUCUUCGACCAGGAUGGCAACGGCAAAAUAGACAAGGACGAGAUGGAGACCAUCUUUAAGGCCAUACAAGACAUCACCAGGAUCUACGACAUUCCUCCUGAGGAAAUCGUCACGCUCAUAUACGAAAAGAUCGACAUCAACGGAGAAGGAGAGUUGACCUUGGAGGAGUUCAUCAGUGGCGCCAGGCAGCACGCAGACAUCAUGCAGAUGCUCACCAAGAUGAUGGACCUCACCCACGUGUUGGAGAUCAUCAUCAUGGGACAGCAGAAGCACAGCUUGGCCACAAAGUGACACACAACUUUUGUCUCAGGCCGGACAGGUCGCGAAGCCGGCGUUGAAACUUUGUGGCGCCGGUCUUGCGUGGAGCUUCUUCGGCCACAAGGAGGAAACAAGAUGUCUGCCGGGUUGGACGUUAUGGAACCAAAACACGCUUCGAAGAUGGCAUAUCUUCCAAAGUCUCCUGAAUGGCUUUGCUACACUUCAAUAUUGACAUAAUGUGUUUAUACCCUGAUGAUUUGACUGGUACUUGACACAAGAUGGCAGAAGUAGUUUGGUGUAUUUGGGAUGACCAAUAUCAAUGUACUGUAUGUUGAUCUUCUAAUGAAGUGUCCGGUGCUUAGUGUGUAAAGCUCAGCGCAGUGGUUCUCAAAUGGGGGUACGUGUACCCCUGGGGGUACUUGAAGGUAUGCCAAGGGGUACUUGAGAUUUAUUUUAAAUAUUCUAAAAAUAGCAACAAUUCAAAGAUCCUUUAUAAAUAUAUUUAUUGAAUAAUACUUCAACAAAAUAUGAAUGUAAGUUCAUAAACUGUGAAAAAAAUACAACAGUGCAAUAUUUAGUGCUGACAGUUAGAUUUUUUUGUGGACAUGUUCCAUAAAUAUUGAUGUUAAAGAUUUCUUUUUGUGUGAAGAAAUGUUUAGAAUUAUGUUCAUGAAUCCAGAUGGAUCUCUAUUGCAAUACCCAAAGAAUUGAAUUGAAAUAUUUAUUUCAAACCUGCACAGCACAACUAAACACAUGUUUUUCUUACAUUUUGGCAGAGAUAUUUAUGCAAGGCGUGAAAAAGGGUUGGAUGAAGCAGCACGCCGGACUGUAGUCAGUUGGAAGCGUGUCUUAAUGAAAUUAAACAAUGGAUGUCCGCUAACUUUUUGCAACUUAAUGCCAAAAAAACGGAAAUGCUGAUUAUCGGUCCUGCUAGACACCGACCACUAUUUAAUAAUACAACUUUAACAUUUGACAACCAAAUAAUAAAACAAGGUGACUCUGUAAAAAAUCUGGGUAUUAUCUUCGACCCAACUCUCUCCUUUGAGUCACACAUUAAAAGCGUUACUAAAACGGCCUUCUUUCAUCUCCGUAAUAUCGCUAAAAUUCGCUCCAUUUUGUCCACUAAAGACGCCGAGAUCAUUAUCCAUGCGUUUGUUACGUCUCGUCUCGAUUACUGUAACGUAUUAUUUUCGGGUCUCCCCAUGUCUAGCAUUAAAAGAUUACAGUUGGUACAAAAUGCGGCUGCUAGACUUUUGACAAGAACAAGAAAGUUUGAUCAUAUUACGCCUGUACUGGCUCACCUGCACUGGCUUCCUGUGCACUUAAGAUGUGACUUUAAGGUUUUACUACUUACGUAUAAAAUACUACACGGUCUAGCUCCAGCCUAUCUUGCCGAUUGUAUUGUACCGUAUGUCCCGGCAAGAAAUCUGCGUUCAAAAGACUCCGGCUUAUUAGUGAUUCCUAGAGCUCAAAAAAAGUCUGCGGGCUAUAGAGCGUUUUCCGUUCGGGCUCCAGUACUCUGGAAUGCCCUCCCGGUAACAGUUCGAGAUGCUACCUCAGUAGAAGCAUUUAAGUCUCAUCUUAAAACUCAUCUGUAUACUCUAGCCUUUAAAUAGACCUCCUUUUUAGACCAGUUGAUCUGCCGCUUCUUUUCUUUCUCCUAUGUCCCCCCCUCCCUUGUGGAGGGGGUCCGGUCCGAUGACCAUGGAUGAAGUACUGACUGUCCAGAGUCGAGACCCAGGAUGGACCGCUCGUCGGGACCCAAGAUGGACCGCUCGCCUGUAUCGGUUGGGGACAUCUCUACGCUGCUGAUCCGCUUGAGAUGGUUUCCUGUGGACGGGACUCUCACUGCUGUCUUGGAGCCACUAUGGAUUGAACUUUCACAGUAUCAUGUUAGACGCGCUCGACAUCCAUUGCUUUCGGUCCCCUAGAGGGGGGGGGUUACCCACAUCUGAGGUCCUCUCCAAGGUUUCUCAUAGUCAGCAUUGUCACUGGCGUCCCACUGAAUGUGAAUUCUCCCUGCCCACUGGGUGUGAGUUUUCCUUGCCCUUUUGUGGGUUCUUCCGAGGAUGUUGUAGUCGUAAUGAUUUGUGCAGUCCUUUGAGACAUUUGUGAUUUGGGGCUAUAUAAAUAAACAUUGAUUGAUUGAUUGAUUGAUUGAUGCUUAUAAUAGCCCAAAAACAUUAAGGCACUUUAAGUUGAUGAUUACUUCUAUGUGUAGAAAUCUUUAUUAAUAAUUGAAUCACUUGUUUAUUUUUCAACAAGUUUUUAGUUAUUUAUAUAUCUUUUUUUCCAAAUAGUUAAAUAAAGACCACUAAAAAUGACCAAUAAUUUGCACUGUUAUACAAUUUAUUAAAUCAAAAACUGAUGACAGUGCUGUAUUUUACUUCUUUAUCUCUUUUUUUCAACCAAAAAUGUUUUGCUCUGAUUAGGGGGUACUUGAAUUAAAAAAAAUGUUCACUGAAAAAAGGUUGAGAACCACUGGCUUAGCGUCUUUCUGUAAUGUGUUGCCUUAAAUGAGACAAACUGUCACACUUGCUCAAUAUACUGAGUGUUGAUUCAACGUUGCAUUAGACACAUUUCACAAAAUUGCCGCAUAUCCAAAAAUGUCUUACUUAAAAAAACGUGAUCAUUACCGAUUGAUGUCGGGACAUCCGUGACGAAAAGAGAGCCAAUCAGCAGCGAGAUAAUUGAAGCGAGGCGGAAGCACCAACAAUGGCGGCAAAAACAAACAGAAGCAGACUUCAGAAAAGGAACCACAAUGUGCUAUACAUGUUCAUACAUUAUCAGUUUUAGAAGUCUUGGACUCUAAUGGAGUUAGGAGGUAAACUGACAGCUGCCCAGUAUAUUCUUCUAAUCUUUUCCUAAUACCCCGGAUGUUUGGAUGCUCGCGCGACUAGGCUGCCACUCACAGGUCAGUCCGGGUACUGCUUCACGUCACAAAUACUAUUGGGGAAA